AUGUCGGUCGCGAAACGAAAACGAAGACCUGCUGUGCAGGAGCUUCACGGACAUGUCGAAGGCUGGGACGGUCCCGAGUACGCAUUCUUGCUGCCGGUAGGCGCUGCUGCGUGGCGUCUGCGUUUCGACGCAUGGUCAGGUGCCCUGGCCGGCUCUACCGUCGUGCCGGAGCGGGAGCCCGUGGAGGGUUCGGCUUUUCCGGCUCAGGCGGGCCGUCAGUUCUCAGUAGAGGGUUUCCUCACUAGCACGAGGAGGCUGUCAGUGCAUACAGCGCCAAAAUCGCAGGCAGAGGCGGAGGCGGACGUACAGCUGAGACCCUGCGACCCGCGCAAGCACCCCGACUCGUUGGGAACGGGACAUUGCAGGCUUCGCCUUCUUCCCGCGUUUCCGUCAGACGCGAAUGAUGCGAAUGAUGAACGAACAUUGAUCGUUUUGCAUCUGAAUAGGGCGAUAACAGAAGCCUACCUUGUAGCCCAGUUUGGGCGCUACGGUCCCGUAGAGCAGGCGCUCGUGCAUUGCGACGAGCGGGGCACCCCCAUGGGAUUUGCGAGCAUCCGCAUGAAGUCCAAAGACGCGUGCCGUCAAGCGCUUCGUGAAAUGCACAACAAAAUACUCAUGGGCUCUCGAAUACAAGUGUUUGUUGAUCCAGGCGGAGAUACGGCUGCCGCUCGACGACGAGCGUUAAUCGAUAGAAGGAACCGCUGGGAGCAGGAGCAACGAGCACAACUGGAGAAGCAUCGUCGGCCUGUUGAAGCACAGGCGCUAGAUGCAGCUGCCGGUGCUCGUGGCGUUCCCCACGCUAGCCAGCGACCUGCUGAUCGAUUGAGUUUGACGUCCGACCAGCAAGGCGCUAGUCCGGCGGCGAAUGGCGCUAGAGCCGAUACUCUUGGUGUACAGGGACCUGACGAUCGACUGAUUUUGGCGUCAGAUCAGCAACGUACCAGCCCAGUAAUGACUGCAAGCAGCGCACAGCACGCUGCUGUGACUCGAUAUGCUUCACGAGACGAACGCGACCCUCGGCAACGAGCGACUUGCGCUGGGCGUCAUGGUCUCGUACGGAGCGUGCAAGCGUCUCUGGUGAAUGACGCGAGUCGCCGUGCAUUCGCUGACGCACCCGAACUGGAUAGGGAGCGCCCAAAUCACGCUGACAGGUCGGUUUCGGGUCUGGAUGCGUACCGCUCAGCAACAGCACGAGGUACGAUCGCCGGGAAUGCCUCCCGUACUGAAUCGGGGGUCAGCGUGGCCCGAACAGGGGCACCAACCGCUGGUGGCAGCUUUUCCGAAGAUGCCAGGGUCAUUCAAGUGGCGGGCGUUCCGGUAAAGACGCCGAGAUCCGUACUCAUGUCGGCGUUUCGACGAUUCGGUAAGAUUCUUCGGAUCAAAGGAUGUGCAGAGCCUGGGAAGCGCGAUGCCAGCGAGUCAGCGGUAACGUCGACCGAAGCGGAAUCGCAAACCCGUACGUUCCUCAUGUACUUCAGAACGAGGGAGCAGGCGCUAGAAGCUGCAGCUCACAUGGAUCAGCACAUGAUCAUGGGGAAGCGUGUUCGAGUCUCGUGUGUUGUCGACCAGGCAGUGGCGUCCGGUUCGCGUCCCGAAAUUGGAAACGUCAGGGAUGACGCUGUAGAGGGCGCAGGACAUGCCCAGGGACUCUUGUCGAGAGCGUCGAUGGGUGCAAAUGGGCGACUGGUCCAUUCGGGGGCAUCUGGGCAUCCAUCUUGGAAGCGACUUUCAGAAAGAGGACGCAGCUGCACCAAUGCGCCGUCAGGCGUUACCGAGGACGCUGCCGUACGGGGACGCGUCGCCGGAGACCGCACUUUAUACAAUGCAGCAAAGCCGGUCUGUCCGACAAACUUCUUGGUUUCCACUGAGAUUCACGCGGUGCGUCUGAGCACGCUACCGUUCAAUACACCGCACUAUGAACUUAAUGAGGCGUUGGCGAGCGCUCCCUGUUCUGUGCGAACUGUCGCUCGAGCGCCCUUCUGGUACGUCCUCUUCGCUGACGCCGCCGAUUUGUAUCGCUUUACACGUUGGCUUCGCAGUCGUAACCAGGAGCUGCUCGGUUGUAGCAUUCUGUUCGAGGCUUGCCGGGUAACACUCGCAGAGGACGGCUCCGGAAUCCACGAGGUGACGCUCAUGAGGGCUGAGCGUUCCUUUGCGACGCGCCUGGAACUCCUGGAUGCGAUUGGCGACAUCUUCGAAGGGCAAGUGCGUCAUGCACUUCUGCGGGAUCUGCAUCGCGAGAUUCUCGAUAAGGUUGCACAACAAGUCAUGGAGACGUUCGAGGCCCGCAUGCGUGAAAAGCUCGCCCGUCAACGACUCGAAUCCGGUGGCGACAAAGCAGCCAAACCUCCGCGAAUGGGAUCCGUUUCGCUGGACGUACUACCCGAGCUGGCGAUGAGGCAGCGUUCGCGACGUUCGCCGGGGUCCCAGCCAGGAGCACCCCCCGACCCGCAGUCAGCAGUCGAGAAGGGAGCGAGUGCCUCAUCUGCGGUGGCAGAACUGGCCCGUUUAUCAUCGCGAUCUUCACUCGAUCGCGCUGCACACGACUCGCUCUCAGUAUCGCUCUUGGAAGAUGUGGCGCCCGACGAGGACCAGGUGUACCUGCAAAGAGUUUUAGAGUGCUGCUUCCAACCGACGGACGAUGUGCCGCCUCAGCUGAGCGCUUCGAUCGUCAGUACCCUGGACCAAGACAAAAGCGAUAUCGCUACGCGCUACCGCGAGCACUGGAGCCCGUAUCUGGAAACCUUGUUCGAUACGCAUGGAAUAUGUAUCAAGCAGAAGCUGCAGGAACCAGAGCCGCCAGCAAACUCCACCGGCUGCGCGCGAACUGAAGGCUAUGCGGCGUUUUCGCGUGAGCUCAAGGCAUUCCGUUGGCGUCCGCCGAAACAAGUCAUUAUUCCGGCGGAUGAGGCCCGGCGCUGGAGUGCCACCGGCAGCCUGCGUGGUACCCGCGUCGAGCAACGCCAGCUCCUCUCUGCGGUCAGUGAUCGUGAACAGACCGUACUCUAUCUGCAACAGCGCGAACGAUUCCUGCGCUUCUACCGCUCUGGGAUUCAUGGCUACGGCUUGUGGGCGCUCGAGGACAUCCCCGCCGGUGACUACAUCAUUGAAUACCGCGGGGAGCUGGUACGCUCUGCUGUGGCCGACCUACGCGAACGUGCUUACCGCCAGCAGGGCAUGGGCGACUCGUUCAUGUUUCGUAUCGACGCGGAUACCGUUGUUGAUGCAACCCACAUUGGAAGCGUUGCCCGUUUCGUGAACCACAGCUGCGAUCCGAACGCGAUCGCCCGAAUCGUGCAACUCGGUGGUGCAUCCCAUAUUCUGUUUUACAGCAAGCGUUCGAUCUGUGUGGGCGAGGAGAUUACCUACGACUACAAUUUUGAUAUUGAGGAUGAUGCCUCCGAGAAGGUACCAUGUUUGUGUGGAGCACCCAAUUGCCGUCAGUAUUUGAACUGA